AUUACACAAUAUUUUACCACAAAAUAACAUAAUCCCCAUGUAAAUCAAAAUCCUUUACUCAUUCUACGAAAAUAUACACCUCUGGCUUUACCGGAUUAUAAGUACUUGCUGGCAUUGAAUUUGAAAACCGUUUGCUUCAGAAAAAAUCGAAAAGCUCCUGCACACACAUGAUAAGCGCGAAAUUCAAGGCAACUUACGAAUUUCGUCGGACUCACGACGCCAUUAUUCGUUCUUCUCGGGUACAUGUGAAAGACACACAGUUAAUUUCUGAGCGCGCGUUUUCUUGCCGGUCGCUAUCAACACCCGAUGCCAAUAAACAAAUGAAAAAACAAUAUUAACAAACAAUUGAUAGUGAGCUAUCUCUCCGCUGAGAGGCGAUAAUUUCUUUGUAGCGUCUCGCGUUUUUGAAUGAACUGAGCUCAAACAGCGAUCACUGUGCGCUCAUCCAUUAAACAAAUGCACGUGCGCACACAAAGCCACUAAAACCAUCCAAUAACUUAAUAAAAACUCAAUUAAAAUGGAUUUGGCGAAGAGUAUAAGCAUGGAGGCAAUACCCUCCAAGGAUAUGGACGCUGAGCCAGCUGUACCGGAACCAGGUUUGACCGCGUGCCAAAAAUUCCGCUUGGUUUUCAGUAACAUCACAGUGGAACCAAUCAUGGUCUGUUAUGUCCUACCGAAUGUAAUGGCUUCCCUGGCGAUGCAGAAUUUAAAUCUGGAGAAAGCCUGCCGGGUUGAUCUGGGGUAUGAUACGGAUAUAUGUGACGCAAUGGCGGCGCGUAACAAAACAGGUUAUUCUAAGGAAGAAGAAGAAUCCGUGCAGAAAUUGGUCGCCACUGCAAUGGCCUGCAAGAAUAUCAUACAAAGUCUCUUGCCUUCUUUGUUAUUAAUGUUUCUUGGGUCAUGGAGUGAUCGAAAUAAUCGCCGGAAACCGUGUAUCAUGUUACCGAUUGUCGGAGAAAUGGUAACAGCGACUGGGUUUUUAAUUUGCACGUAUUAUUUCAACGAAUUGUCGAUUGUUUUCAAUGUGAUUGCUGAGGCAGUACCACCUGCAUUGACCGGUGGAUGGUUUUCAAUGUUUAUGGGAGUUUUUGCUUAUAUAAGUGGUGUUUCCACCCUGGAGACAAGAACGUUACGCAUAGGAGCCGUGAAUUUGUUUAGUAAUGUCAGCGUUACCAUUGGUAUCGCUUUGAGCGGGAUCCUGUACAAACAAAUCGGUUUUUAUGGAGUUUUUAGUUUAGCUCUUUCUGCUUACAUAAUCGGCUUUUUGUAUGGAAUGUUAAGAGUGAAAGAAGUUGAAUUACCAGCUGAGCAAGUAGAAGAUAUCGAAUUUGUUAAAAAAAAUGAAGAAAACGUUAAAAAUGUGAAACAAAGAGGCUUUUUAGCAGAUUUCUUUGAUAUUAAACAUAUCAAGGACACAUUUGCAGUUGCAUUCAAAGAAGGUGCCCGAAAUAGAAAAAAGCGUAUCGGUAUUAUUAUGAUUUUGGUUAUGGUCAUCAUAGGACCUCUGCAUGGUGAAUUAAACGUCAUGUACCUGUUUGUACGGUAUAAGUUUCAAUGGGACGAAAUUGAUUACAGUAUCUACAGUACAUUCACAUUUUUGGCACAUUUAGCUGGGACAAUAUUCUCAUUGGUAAUUUUAUCUAAACACCUCAAAAUGGACGAUGCGCUCCUAGGAAUGAUUUCCAGCAUGAGUAAAAUUCUUUCUUGUUUUGUUUAUGCCUUCGCGCCAACUCCUUCUAUAUUUUAUUUGGGUGCCAUUGUGGAGAUGCUUAAUGGAACGUCGUUUAUUGCUAUGAGAUCAAUUAUAUCAAAACUUGUACCGGGUGAUGAACUAGGGAAAAUUUAUUCCUUAUUUGGUGUUUCGGAAGCUUUAAUGCCACUGCUGUACGGUCCAAUGUACAGUUUUAUCUAUAAACAUACGAUAAGCUUCCUUCCAGGCGCAUUUUUCUUGGCUGGUGGAUUUUUAACCAUUCCAUCUGUUCUUAUUUUCAUUUGGUUAUACAACGAACAUAAACGCGACGAACGAGAAGAAGCAAUGAACAAAGGCCAAGAGAUGAAAUUACUACUUCUAGUUCCACCCUCAGAGAAUGUAAAACACAACAAUAAACAUCCAUCAUAAAAAGUGCAUCGUUCAAUAUUUUACACGUAAUAUUAAUAAAUAUGUAUAACUACUAUUAAUAUUUGAUGCAUAUACUGAAAAGUUUAUAAAAAUAUAAAAUAUAUUAAAAGGAAAUGUACAAAAG